AUGGCAAAGCAAAUAGUUUACAUGUUAUCGUUGGUGGUAUUCGUAUGGGCGUACGUGUUUUCGACAAUUGAUGCCAAUCCUCACCAGCUUGCUUAUAACCAAGGAGGGGACUACCACCUUAAGCACAGUAAAAGUCACAACGUUGAUGAUGAAGACUCGCACACGAAACAAGCUAAACUGAACGCUCUCUACGAAGACUCGACCGGCAAGAAGCACGAGCUAAACAAAGAGAAUCGAGAUCAUGCAUUACAAAAGCAUAAAGAGGCUGAUUCAGAGUUGGAAGAGAAACGAAACCAUCAGCCACAUAGAUAUGCGGGUAAAGGCAGCGACAGUGACUCCAGCGACAGUAACGGCUACGGGAGUGAAAGUCGAGAUGAUAAAUACAACCGUCAUCCACGUAAACAUGCGGGUAAAGGCAGCGACAGUGACUCCAGCGACAGUAACGGCUACGGGAGUGAAAGUCGAGAUGAUAAAUACAACCGUCAUCCACGUAAACAUGCGGGUAAAGGCAGCGACAGUGACUCCAGCGACAGUAACGACUACGGGAAUGAACAUCGAGAUGAGCGAGUGAAGCGCGGAGCUCCAGAACACGCUUAUCAUAGUUCAAGCAGACACGACGUACCAAAAUCCGAGGUACAGAAGAAGAAGUCACAUUUGGUUGAGAAUGAAAACGAAAAAGAUGGUUCAGAUGUAGUGAAUGAGCGAUACCGGUAG